GCAGCGAACGGUGGGUGCUCCUAGAGACCGCGGAGGCUAUCGUCCUGUUCCAUUUGCGCGAGUUUGUAACACAGAAAAACAAUCUCAUUUUUCAUUUUCAAUUAAUUAAAAGGAACGCCAUAAAAAUACCAUCUUACGUUCUGAGAAGAGCAACAAUAAACGACGAGGUCGACGAGGACAUUGUGAUUUUGUUGUCGGAGAAUUAGUGCAGAAGGGUAAAAGGACAUUUCGACGAAAGCAAUUGGCCGGACUGUACAAUUUCAGUCAUGCGGCGAACGUACAGAAUCCUGUGAGCUCUUGGCAGUCAAUUCGAGCAUGCACAGUACGGACAAUGGGCAUGAAACCGCCGGGGAACAAGCAAACAGUGGUCGUACAUCAGUGGGGGUGGCAGGUGGGGCGGCAGUUUCGGUUUCGGCAGCAACAAAUUCGGCCGGAGCGGCCGGACUGAAAGAGUGCGCCGGUUGCGGGAAAAGAAUAACUGAGAGGUUCCUCUUGAAGGCUCUUGAGCUCUUUUGGCAUGAGGAUUGCCUCAAGUGUGGCUGUUGCGACUGUCGACUCGGAGAAGUCGGAUCGACUCUUUACACGAAAGCAAACCUCAUACUUUGCAGAAGAGAUUACCUCAGGUUGUUCGGUACGACAGGCUACUGUGCGGCUUGCAGCAAGGUGAUUCCAGCUUUUGAGAUGGUUAUGCGAGCCAAAAACAACGUCUAUCAUUUGGAGUGUUUCGCGUGCCAACAGUGCAACCACAGGUUUUGUGUGGGUGAUCGCUUUUAUUUGUGCGACAAUAAAAUCUUAUGCGAAUACGACUAUGAAGAACGAUUGGUGUUCGCUAAUAUGGCUUAUAAUCCCAGCAGUUUGGCCCACAUACGAAGGCAAGUCAGUAGUUUACAGCCGUCAGGAGACAAUCUAAUAAAUGCCCGUCAGCGACCCCUACUGACCUACCCGCCUUGUUACAGCGAGAAAAGCCUUGUGCCCCAGAGGCCGCCAAGCACGAGUCAUCGAGAUGACGGCUCCAGCGGCUACGGCAGCCCCGACUCCGAGACUUUUGAACCACCCCAAUGACGACGUCCCAUUUCUUAGCCAUCACGGAAACGGAAACCGCGCACGGACAAGACAAAAAAAUCAACGAACUCGAAAAAUUAAACGUUUCGGUUACGAAAGGGGUUCGUUCGUGCUCUCUUGGGUUCAUCAGUAACAGAAAAAAAUAAAACAAACAAGGAAAAUAAACAGUACUGACUGUAUCGUACGCGAAUCUCAAAUGUGCUAGUCGUAAUGCCAAACCAAUUACUUCCUGGGACUAUUAAGUUUUCUACAGUGUAUAUAAUUAUAAAUAUAUAAAGUUUAGUAUA